UUUUCUUUUCAGCCAUCCUUGCCAAAUAUAAGGGGCCGGAGGGGCAUCUCUCCGUUACGCUGGUUGCGGAAGCCGGGGCUGCAUACUCUGCGAGUGUUUUCGGCCCUUGUAGUUAUGGCCUCAGUUGCAACAAAGGUGCCAGGCGGCAGCAUGAUGGCGUGGCUACGCCGCUGGGCGUACAACGCGUCCGGCUUCAACAAGCUGGGCCUGUGGCACGACGACUGCCUGUACGAGGACGAAGAGGUGAAGGAAGCGCUGCGCCGGCUGCCCGAACGGCUGCAGGACGACCGCACCUUCCGCAUCCAGCGUGCCAUGCAGCUGUCACUGCAGCACGCCCUGCUGCCCAAGGAGCAGUGGACUUCCUACGACGAGGACGAACGGUACCUGAAGCCGUACCUGGAGGAAGUGCGAAGGGAGAACCGUGAGAAGGCCGAGUGGAGCAAAAAGUGAGACGCCGACGGUCUCGGAACGGACUAGUGUGUGUGGUCUGCCGCAUCGGCCCGCGGUAGUGACGGGCGCAAGCGGUGCCACAGAGCAAUACCGGCACCGCCCCACGCCGUCAGUGUGAAUAUAGAAGCGUACAAGGCA